CCGGAUUGAACUAUUCGCUUAUUGGUUGAUCGACAUUCGACUGUUGAAAUCUAGGCAUGCCUGUCACUAAGACGUCAAGACGUGGAGACUUUAACAGUUAGCGAAAUAGCCGACCUAUUUGGUGUGAAGUGAGAGAAUAUCCAUUGUCGAAUGUCAGAGUAUGGUAUAAGAGAUCCCAGGAUCUCAUCCAAAUUCUGGGUUCUAAAUGAUGCAAGGACAUUUCCGGGCCGAACGUUCAGAGGUUCAAAGAUUUUGCUUGCAAGAAUCCAUGCGACGUCUGGAUCCACCGGCUAUGAGGGAGCGGGGAUCGGCUGGCGCUUGACUGACAGAGGGAAAGGAAGAAUGGGCCGUAGCACCGAGGGCAGUGGGCUGAGUGGCACCGUUGUCAUCCCCACUGCAGUGCUCUACGGUUCCUUGGCCCUCUUCACCUCCAUCCUGCAUAAUGUCUUUCUGCUCUACUACGUGGACACUUUUGUGUCUGUUUACAAGAUCGACAAAGUCUCCUUUUGGGUUGGAGAGACGGUGUUCCUGCUGUGGAACAGUCUCAACGAUCCUCUUUUCGGCUGGAUGAGCGAUCGUAAAUUUCUCAGUUCUCCUCAGAGCGGCUCCGAGCUGACGUCUCCAGAGGUGGUCUUGAAGCGACUCCAUGCGCUCUCGUCCAGCGGGCCCCUCUUUGCCCUGUCCUUCCUAGCCUUCUGGGUAGCUUGGGCCACCCCGGGCCUUCAGUUCCUGGUGUGCCUGUGCCUGUACGACGGCUUCCUGACCAUGGUGGACCUCCACCACAGCGCCCUCAUGGCCGACCUGGCCGUGUCAGCCGCCGACCGCACGCGCCUGAAUUUCCAUUGCUCGGUGUUCAGCGCCCUGGGUUCCUUCUCAGUCUUUUUGUCCUACUCGUUCUGGAACAAGGAGGACUUCUACGCCUUUCGUCUGUUCUGCGUGACUCUAGCCACCUUCUCCAUUUUGGGCUUCUUUCUCGUCUCCCGGUUGCUACGGAAACGCUUUCAAAAAGAAAUUCGGCCCAGACUGGAUGAGGCGCACAUGCUCAAAGAGCUCAGUGUUGACCAUGCACCCUUCACUUCACUAGAGCGACCAGUCACCCUCAGACAGUACCUCAAGCAGCUCUCCAGACACAAAAACUUCAUGUGGUUCGUCUCGAUGAACCUCCUCCAGGUCUUUCACUGCCACUUCAACAACAACUUUUUCCCUCUCUUCCUGGAGCACCUGCUGUCAGACACCAUCUCCGCCUCCACAGGCUCCAUCCUUCUCGGCAUCUCCUAUGUGGCGCCACACCUGAACAACUUGUACUUCCUGACGCUGUGCCAACGUCACGGCGUCUACCAGGUCAUCCGCUGGCUCUUCCUGCUAAAGCUGGGACUGAGCGUGGCCAUGCUGCUGGCGGGGGCUGACCGCGUCUAUUUACUCUGUAUCUUUAUAGCCAGCAACCGGGUGUUUACGGAGGGAACCUGUAAGCUGCUGAAGCUGGUCAUUUCCGACCUGGUGGACGAGGACUUUGUGGUCAACCGGCGGCAGCAGGCGGCGUCGGCGCUGCUCUUCGGCAUGGUAGCCCUGCUUACCAAACCUGGGCAGACGUUGGCUCCGCUCAUCGGGACAUGGCUACUGUGUGCUUACACAGGCUAUGAUAUUUUCCAAAGGGAACCGGCUAAGGACUCCCCUGUCGACACCUCCUCAUUCUCGGGGUCUCCGCCGCUCCGUUUGGGUUGCUUCCACAUCCUGGUGUUUGUGCCAAUCACCUGCGCCUUGCUGCAACUGGCCGCCUGGUCGCGCUUCACGCUGCACGGGCGCAAGUUGCAGGGCAUCAAGAGCUCCAGGCAGGGCGCCCAUCAUGAGGACAUGGUGGGUGUCAAAGCCAUAUGACAUCAGACGGCUGAGCUGCACGCAGACACUUUUUACUGUAGUCUUUUUAGAUUUUGAAAUUUUGAAAACAUAAUGACUGAAGUCAUCACCUCACAGCCUUGUCUGUAAGGAGCAAGAAGAAACUACAGCACAAUGACUGAUCUGCCAUUUUGGGUAUAACCAAAAGUCUUAUUUUAACUAAAUGAAUAUUGCCUUAUUUUUGUUUCAAACAAGAGUACAUAUAUUUAUACUGUAAUAUGUGGGCACAGAUUUAAGAGGACCAAGACACGUUCAUUGUUCAUAAUGAACAAUAUCUUGCUUUUUUGACUUCAGGGGAAGAAUAUCAAUCUUUGUAUUUCAAUUAAAAUUGUAUUUUAUAUUUUAUUUAAAGAAUAAUGCAUGUGAGUUGAAGUAAUUGGAAGAGUUCCUGUUUACAUACAGCAUUGAAGUGUAAAUUCAGGUACUUGUGAUAUUUUUUUUUUUUGUCUGCACAAAACUGCCAUUUCGUCUCGUAACGAUCGUGAUGACCAACUAAGCGAACACUGCCGCUUAAUUGUUAACCCUUUCAUGCACAAAUUGUGCUUUAUUUUAUUAUUAUUUUUUUAAUUUAAAUAAACCCUUACAGGGCACUCAUUUAACUUAUUGGCUGCGAUUCAAGGUACUAGACGUCCAUUUAAUUUUAACUGGAAGGUUGCGAAUGAACUUUACCAAAAUUUUCCACAAGAACGCAGUGGUACCUCUACUUAUGAACGUCUCUGCAUGCGGAAUUUUCAGGUUACAGCACACCUUAACGUGAAAAUUUUGCCUCGUUAUGAAAAAUUUCAUGCUACAAAAGGCAAAAAAUACAGUAUGGGCUGCUUCUCUCUAAUCCCAGAGUUUACUGAAUGUAGCAUAAUAUAGCUGCUCUGCCAUUGGCUAUUGCCUAACAUCUUCCUGGCAUCUAAUUGGGUAAGAGGGACCUCUACGGUAUGUGUAUUUGUUUAUCCCAGCAUCCUCUUCAUUCAGCCCUCGGGCCAUAAGGUGAAUUAACUUUUAUUCUUUACUCUAUUACUUGUUAUUUUAUGUUAUGCACAACUCAUGUCAAUUGUGCAAUAAUCAAUAACUUCUAUUUUUUUUCACAUGUGUUUAUGCAUUUCUAUGCUUUACAAAAUAUGAACUUUGGGGGGCUUGGAAGGGAUUGGAGGCAUUUACAUGGAAAAUGCAUCUUUACUUAUGCAAUAUUCAGUUUACGAAAUUACUUCCAGAACCCAAAUGAUUUCGUAAGUAGAGGUACCGCUGUACUGUUUUUCCAAAAUUUUCCACUGUUAAACAGUGGUGAACGUCCAAUUCACUUUGACUGCAAUCUACAGUCAAAAUGAAUUGGAUGUCAAUGGCACUAAAACAUGGGCAUUCACAGGCAGUUUUCCCGGUUUUACAUAUAUUCUAUGAAGGGUUAAAGAUCUUAAGUGUUUCCAAAAAAAAUCCUGUCAAUGACCCCGAAAUGCCAUGUCAGUCAUAAAAUCAAUUUACAAGAUGUACUGUAUGUGUAUGUGGAAAUACAUCUUGACACUGUUUGUGUUCAAUUUUCGUUUCAAGCUCAGUUGUUGUUGAAGCUUUUGAAAUUUUCGGUUUAAAGAAAUUCCCAAUAUCCAUCUUGCCUCUUCAGGUGUAGUUUUGGCAAAGUAAAGCAAAGGAAUGUUAGUUCUGUCAGAUUUGUCCUCUUAUCGGAAACUUCAAUUUUGCGGUCCUAACGAUACAAACGUCCACAAAUGCAGCGUGUCCAAAGUAAAACACAAACUUU